AUGAGUAACAACUUGGGAAAGCUCAUAGAAAAUGGUAAAAUAGACUUGUACGAGUAUCUUGAAGUUUCUCCUACUGCUACAGAGGGUGAUAUACGGCGGCAGUAUAGGAAAAAAGCUUUGAUAUUUCAUCCAGACAAAAGUACUGGUAAUGAAGAGCAAUUCAAUUUGUUAUCUAAGAUUUACGAAAUUUUAAUAGACUCUCAAUUAAGAAGUGAUUAUGAUAGAAUCAGACUAAUUAAUAUAAAUAAAGGGCUGAGAAGCGAAAAGCUUGAUGAUCUUACUAAAAAGUUUAGAAGUGAAUUAGCCAGGGCCGAGAAUGAGUUUAGAAAUAGAAGUUCCGGGUUCAAUAGCCACGAAGAAAUAAAUACAAGACAAUGGAAAUAUAAUAUAAAUCAGUUAAAAGAAGAGGGUCUCAGAAAGCGUCGGGCUCUUGAGGUUUUAACUAAUGGAGCUCUCAAAAUUGAUAAGGUGCCCGUAUCCUAUGUAUCCUUUCAGGACUUACCUGUGAAUGAAAUUUCUUCAUUUUUAAAAAAUUCGAGAUCCAAUAUCGUUACAGUUUUGUGGAAAAGCAAACCAAAAUUAGAAGGAUUGAUAAAUGCUGAGGUCUUGACAGAAAUAAUGUCAAUUUUUGGUUCAGUAAAGUCAUGUGUAGUCAUUGGGAAGGUUUUCAAGUAUGAGUCUGCGAAUGUGGAAUUUUUUGAAAGAUCUGGUGCUCAAAGAGCUGUCAAACACAAUUUCAAAACUACUGCUGCUAUUUGGGAAGGCACUAAAGUAAGGAAACUAGCUAGCCUUUUGAGAGAGUGCAAUUUCGCUGGCAGUAAUGCCAUUUCAAGUAAGUUGGAUCAAACCAUAGAAAGAAAGUCAGAGGAUAACAUUGAAGCAAUACUCCAUAAACUAAUUCAAAAAUAA